AUGGAGAUCACCGAGCCCCGACAACUAGAGGUCUACGAAAGCUCGGACGAAGAUGAGCCAGAUACAAACACUAGAAUAUUCAAUGAGCAGAGCGGUGAAACCUUUAUGGAGAAUGUGUUUGCUAUCCCCACAGACUAUGAUAAUCUAACGGACGGAGGAAGUCAGAGAGCCGUCAGUAACAUCCAGGCAGAUCCUAACCAUAUGAGCUCUCUGGAUAACCAUAUAGCGCCAACCUCCUCGCCUAGAGCUAGUUUGGACUGGGGAGAUCUUAGCAACAUUCAGCCAAGUUCUCCAAUGCCAUAUAGCGAUAUGGACAACUCCAAUAGAUUAUUUAAGGACCUAUUUCUAGGGGAGGAUCAACCUAUUUCACCUGCAAGUGACUUCUUCAUUUCCACUGGCCACCAAUCUGGGCUACGACUACCUACGCACGCUCCGCCGACAAUAGUCACUACUUCAUCACCUAGCUCUCCAGAAGAUGCGUCAGAGCACGAAUCUAAUCAUUUUGGUGAAGACAAUCAUCCGCCCAGAACGGAACACGGUAGGGUACAGCGACAUACAGGCAUUUCCCUUCCACAACGGCCUUCAACGUCAACCCGAAGCGAGUCUCUCCAAGGAAGACCCACCCCAGCCCCCUCGGUACUAGAGGGGUCCCGCGAUCAAUCCUUGGCGCCAAGAUCAUCCGCCACCCCGAAUAGUAUCUCUAUCACGAGUGGUUCCGUACCGCCCCGGUCUAGUGAGACGGAAGACCACUCCAUAGUGGCCACUAGUCCUGGAAAAAUAGCACGUCUUCGAAAUACAGAUCCCAAUGUGCCUGAUGAAGAGAUUGUCCAGGACGUUCAGGAGUUGAUUGAAUUUGGUAUCCAGAGCUAUAAGGACAUUUUAUGGAAAACAGUCCGGCCAGAGGACGCGGAAAAGACUUUGACGAAAUUUCGGCCAGGCGAAUGGUUGAGCGACGAUGCGGUUAUGGAAACAGUCUACCGUCUAACCAAUGAGCGCACUGAUGUGCACGUCAUUGAAAGUCAUGACUUCAAUGCCGUAUAUGAGAAAUGCGAUACCAGCAGACUUCGCAGGUGGGAGUCAGCCUCGAUCGUCUUAAUUCCAGUACACCAGCUUUCACACUGGUUUCUUAUCAGUCUAAACUUUGAGGAUCGCAAGAUUACUAUGCACGAGGCAGAUGAUCCGAACUACCGAAACAUUGAGCUGUUUAUAUCUUCGCUGGUUGAUAACACGGGCGAAUGGACGGUAGAGUAUCAAAGUGUGAGUUGA